AUCAUGCCUCCCAAGAAGGGAAAAGAAGCUCCGCCAAAGAAGGUUUUGUUUGGACGUGUUGGAACCUCCCUCAAGAUUGGUAUUGUUGGUUUACCAAAUGUUGGGAAAUCCACUUUCUUCAAUGUUUUGACAAAGAGCCAGGCUGCAGCAGAGAACUUCCCUUUCUGUACAAUCGAUCCUAAUGAAAGUAGGGUACCUGUCCCAGAUGACCGAUUUGACUUUCUCUGCGAGUUCCACAAGCCUUUAAGCAAAGUUCCUGCUUUCUUGAACGUGACCGACAUCGCAGGUCUGGUAGCAGGGGCUCAUGAGGGUCAGGGUCUUGGCAAUGCUUUCCUCUCGCACAUUAAGGCCUGCGAUGCUAUUUUCCAUGUCUGCAGAGCCUUUGAGGAUGAGGAGGUGACCCAUGUCGACGGUGAUAUCAACCCAGUCCGAGAUCUGGACACCAUCUUCAACGAGCUGAGGUUAAAGGACAUUGAGUACCUGACUGAUGUGGACAAGAAACCCCUUAGGGGUGCAGAUAACAAGGCAGCAGCAGAACAUGAAUGUUUACAUAGAGUCUUGAAGUACCUAGAAGAGGAGAAGAAGCCUAUACGACAUGCAGAAUGGGGUACGAAUGACAUUGAAAUCUUGAACAAGCAUUUGCUCUUGACUGCAAAGCCCAUUAUCUAUCUAGUCAACCUAUCAGAGAAAGACUACAUCCGCAAGAAGAACAAGUGGUUGGUGAAGAUCAAGGAAUGGGUAGAUGCGAGUGAUCCUGGAGCUACCGUCAUACCCAUCAGUGCCGCUCUGGAAUCAAAGCUCUUUGAUAUGGGAGACGAAGACAAAGCGAAGUAUCUCGCAGAAGUCAAGACAGCCAGUAUACUGGAAAAGGUGAUCAAGACUGGAUACAAGGCACUUCAGCUUGAGUACUUCUUCACGGCGGGGAAAGACGAGGUCCGGGCGUGGACCAUUCAGAAAGGUUCCAAGGCGCCACAGGCUGCCGGAAGGAUUCACACAGACUUUGAGAAAGGUUUCAUCAUGGCAGAGGUGAUGAAGUUUGAUGACUUCAAGGAACUAGGAAGUGAACAUAAUGUGAAGGCCGCUGGGAAGUACAGGCAGCAAGGAAGGGGGUACACAGUGGAGGACGGUGAAAUCAUUUUCUUCAAAUUCAAUGCAGGCGCUGGAUUAACAACAGCCAAGAAGAAGUAGUAGAUAUGUUGAAUAAAAGAUGUCUUGUUAUAACCAAGAGGUAGUCAGCGCCAUUUUACUUCUGCGAUAGUAGACCAUGAUGAUUGUAGAUAGGUAUAAUGUACAUUGUAUACAUCCAAGUGAUACUUGAGUAGUAUGGAUGUUGUUCGGUCUCUCUCUUCUUCUUUUUUCCCUUUCAUUCUGUCUUUCUGGAUCUCACUCUCUCUCUCUCUCUUUCUCUCUCUGUCUGUUUUUCUCUUUCUCUUUCUCUCUUGUUAUCUCUCUCUCUCUGUGUCUCUCUGUUUCUAUCUUCCUGUCUGUUUCUCUACAAACAUGAGAUACAAAUACGAUGUGGCACAAGUACUACUAGAACUUCUUCUGCUUGAUAUUUCUAAUUCUAGCCACGUUUUGAAGAACAGCAUUUAUGUCUGCCUGGAGUAUGAAGGGUCUUUAAACCCUCCUUUUGUGCUCAUUGUGUUGACAGGAUGGUUACAAAAUAGCACACCUUGCUGCCUGUUAAUUUGAAAUUAUUAAUACACGUUCCAAAUCAAAUUCACACUGUCAAUUCCUUCUUUUUCAAAUUGACAGCUGUUUAUAUCUCAACCAAUUCAUUGAGGUUUCUCUCAAUAGAAUACAAGCAAUUUUUGUGAAGGUGUUAUUCUCAAUAUCUUCAUAAAUUAGUGAAACAGGAAGGUUGCUUUGAAAAAGUUGAAUUCAGCCAAGAAGUUCAAAAGAUCUUCCUUUGGCAUUGUAUUGCCUCUCCAUUUCUUAUUACAUGUAUAAGUAUGAAUUAAUAUUUUGGAUGAAAGUAUGAUUAAGUAUUAAAGUUGAGGGUUAUUUCUCUCAUUUUUCUGCUUUUAUUAAAACCAACUUGAUAUAUGGGUGGACUUUCCCUUUAAAAAUAAGUCACAAGAUAAGUGUGCAUUUCUGGCAGUUUAUUGUGAACAUGGUUUAAAAGAACAAUACAAUAUGAAGAUAAAGGCAUUGUAUUGAUGUUUUAUGAAAGCAGUAUUGGAGUUGGUUGGAUAUGAAAGUAGUUGCCCUAUUUACCUAUGUUCGGGUCUUAACCCCUUGAAUUCUGAUUUCUCUAAUUCCCAUAGGCUUAACCACAUGAGUCACCCAGUUACCUUUGGUAAUGGGUUAAAGUUUUAUGCUAACAAUCAAAAAUUGGUCAGCUUCAGAGAAAAGUGGAAUUUCGUCCAGGAUUUCCCAACUUCACACGUAACAAGGGGUCGAAGGGGAUGUGAAACCUGAUUUUAUGACUUCCUUGUUUAUUUUGAAUUGUUAAACGUUUCUAAUAAUGAAAGAAGGGUUUUCAAAUCUGUAUUUCAAGUUCUAUCCAUCCGCAUUUGAUGUGUAUACAAAUGGUUAGAAGUGAAACUAUCCACAAUAUAGCUUGGGGGAACUACAAUCAGGAAAUACAUAAAAUAAGUUUGUUAUAUAUCAUCAUGUCUUACUCAGAAAUGUAGUAAUUAUUAGUUUAUUACAGGGAAAUUGCCUUGGAAUGCUUUUGCCCAAUUUGCAUUGAUUGUUAUUGUACCUGAUGUAAAGUGCAUUGACAUGUCCAAUGUGAGGCACUAUAUACAUAACAUAUAAUAGCAUUAUGUUAAUUGUUACAUAACCAAAUAUUUGGGGAUAGGGUGUUGCCCCGGUUGUGUCACCUCAUAUUCAAAGACUUCAAUUACUAAUACAUGAUCGUUAGCAGGGUCAAACAUCGAACAUGACCCCUUUCUCCCCCCCCCCCCAAUCCUGCAUACUAUCAAGUAUAUUUUCUACAAAAUAUGAGCCCUGUUUGAGUUUCUUUUGUAAAGCUACACAAAUAGGCUCUAAAUACAUGGUGUUAUUGGCUUUUGGUUUUGUGGAACUUUUUAGACUUUCUUCUCUAUAUUUUCUUAUGGAUUUUUUUUUGCUUGAUCAGUCUUGUGGGCUGGCAGUCUAGCGAACCUUUUGUGAAUGUCAGUCUUGUGGGCUGUCAGUUUGCUGAUCCCAAUAAGUAAAAUAUGGAAUGAAUAGUAACUUUUCUCUUUUAUUCUUUGCUUUUAAAAUUUUUUAUUUAGUUUUUUUGCAUAUUUGGAAAAGUGUAUACAUGAAUGUACAUUGAUGAAUCAAUUAGGUUUCAAUAGAUGUACAUGUGUAGAUUAAUUCAUUCAAUUCCUUUUACUUGAUCAUUUCAGAUACAUAUACCGGUACAUGAAUUUAAAUUUACACUUCAUCCAUAUCCUCCUAAGCCUUUUGUACAUGUAUUAAACAUUUAUUGCUGCUAUAAGUACUUCCUGUAACUUUGUUUGAAUAAAGAAUAUCAACUUAACAGAUGUGAAACCUACUUUUUCUUUGCAUUAAAAUACUGAAAUGCA